UUCGUAACUAUCAUCAGUUACCAAUAACACUUUGAAGUAUUUACAUAUCUUUGAUAAUUACCAGUGAUCUUUCUUUUGAUACAAUAUGAAUUUUAAAGUAAUUUUCGUUGUCAUUGCAAUUGUCAUGGUUGCAUUGUGUGGUCAAACCGAAGCCCGGUGGUACAAAAAGAUUUUCAAGCCAGUGGAAAAAGCUGUCCAAAGAGUUCGAGAUGGAACACUUCAAGCACUCGGAGUUGCACAACAAGCUGCCAAUGUUUAUGCUACCGCUCAAGGAGCACAACAGCAAAGACAUGCUUAGUUAGAUAAGGAUAGAAAAAUGUAUACAAUAAAGUCGAAUUGUUAUUCGUUAUAAGAAGAAUCCCAAAAAUAAAUAUAAAGAAUAUCGAUUAAUAUUCAA